AUGUCGGCCGACGAAGCCAGCAAGCCGGCGCGCCCCCGCGUCUUCUUUGACAUCUCGAUCGACAACAAGCCCGCUGGGCGCAUCGUCUUCGAGCUCUUCAGUGAUGUGGUCCCUAAGACGGCCGAGAACUUCCGCGCCCUGUGUACGGGCGAGAAGGGCAUUGGCAAGAGCGGCAAACCCCUUCACUACAAGGGAUCCAGCUUCCACCGCGUGAUCAAGCAGUUCAUGAUCCAGGGUGGUGACUUUACGGCGGGCAACGGUACCGGCGGCGAGUCAAUCUACGGCGAGAAGUUUGACGACGAGAACUUUGAGCUGCUACACGACCGCCCGUUCCUCCUCAGCAUGGCAAAUGCUGGUCCUGGCACCAACGGUUCCCAGUUUUUCGUGACCACGGUCCCAACCCCGCAUCUCGACAAGAAGCACGUCGUAUUCGGCCAGGUCCUGUCAGGCAAGUCGGUUGUGCGCCAGAUCGAGAACCUCACCACGCACGCUGGCGACAAGCCUGUCAAGUCUGCGAUCAUCGCCGACUGCGGUGAGCUGCCCGCCGACGCUGUCGUAGGAGACGCUGCCAAGGAGGCGGACAAGUACGGCGACAAGUACGAGGACUUUCCCGAGGACGACGAGGGCGGCCCCCUGGACGUCGCCCGCGUCAUCACCAUUGCGACGGACUGCAAGACGUUUGGCAACAAUGCCUUCAAGGCCGGCGACCACGCCACCGCCUUGAGCAAGUACCAAAAAGGCCUUAGGUACCUCAACGAGGAGCCCGAGCGCGACCAGGAGGACGUCCCCGCCGACGUCAAGGAGAAGCUGGCCGCUCUGCGCUUCACCCUGAACAACAAUGCCGCCCUCAUGAACCUCAAGCUUGAGUCGUGGGAGGACGCCAAGAACGCCGCCUCGUCCGCGCUGGCUGUCAAGUCGGCAUCCGACGCCGAGCGCGCCAAGGCUCUGUACCGACGUGGUCUUGCCUACAUCAGGCUGAAGGACGAGGACGCCGCCAUCAAGGACCUGGAGGAGGCCAAGAAGCUGGCCCCGGGAGAUGCUGCGGUUGCCAAGGAGCUCGAUCAGGUCAAGAAGGCCGCAGCGGCUCGUGCCGCCAAGGAGAAGGCUGCUUACAAGAAGUUUUUCUCGUAG